GGCAGGCUGUUAUUAUGUGUGCGUGAGUCCCACUCCCAUCUCUUCUGUCGGUUGCUAUCUUCGACUCUUUGCGACAUAGUGCCGUCGAUCUCCAGUGAUACUAUGCCAUAUGUGUGACCCGCCCACGAUCGGUCCAACAGUACCUCGAGCUUCAGGACGGGGGUCAACCAGACCGCGGCACACGAGAAACCACAGUCUCGUACGCCGUAUAGAGAGAGUGUGUGUGAGAGAGAGAAAGAGGGAGGAGAUACAUACAAGUUGGGCGACAUGUCGCUCAAGCAAGAGAUAGAAACCUGGGUUGCUGCGCUGGCCGCAUAUGAUCACAACGAGUUCGACAGUGCCAUCAAGUGCUUUGAACAGAUAUCAGACACGUCGAAGAUCCUCUUCAAUUGUGGUGUGAUCCAUGCCACCCUCGGGGAGCAUGGAAGGGCUGUGGAGUGUUACCAACGCGCUGUACAGCUCGACCAGUACCUCGCCAUUGCCUACUUCCAGCAAGGAGUGAGCAACUUUCUGAUGGGCGACUUUGAGGAAGCGCUGGCCAACUUCAACGAUACCCUGCUCUACCUCCGCGGCAACAACAACAUCGACUACGAGCAACUGGGCUUGAAGUUCAAGCUCUACUCGUGCGAAGUCUUAUUCAAUCGCGGACUAUGCUAUAUCUACCUGCAACAGAAAGAUGUCGGCAUGCAAGACCUGAUCUUUGCAACCAGGGAGAAGAUGGUACCGGAUCAUGACGUGAUCGACGAGGCCAUUCGUGAGCAGGCCGAAGGAUACACUGUAUUCUCCAUUCCCGUGGGCGUGGUUUAUCGGCCGAAUGAAGCAAAGGUCAAGAAUCUGAAGGCGAAGGAUUAUCUCGGCAGAGCCCGGCUUGUGGCUGCGCAAGAAUACCAAAACUCCAACCCUCGGCGAGCGGCCGCGCUUGCUGCCGCAGGAGUGGACGACCGACCAGGCGAGAAGUUAUCCUAUGCCGCUCUGAACCUCGUGAGACCAGAUCUGCGAAGUAGAGCACACCGCCAGCAGUCCGAGCCACCACUUCGUAGAGACGUGUUUCCACCCACUCCGCCACCGGAAGUCGAAAGACCAGACUCGGCACAUGGCAGCACCCCCCGACGCAAGUCCACCGAAAGCACCAGUUCCGAGCGAUCCAAUCUGCAAGCUGCGCGACCAGCAGCCAAAGCCUUGCGGCUGGAGCUCGGCGUGGCAGCUUUCGAGCAACAGAAGUCGCCAGAGAAGCAAAGAUCAGCACCGCGGCGAGCAGAGUCAGAACGUCCACCGAUGCGUCGCGAGUAUUCUGACGCUUCGGCACGAUCGAGUGAUGGCAAGCGACGAGAUCGUGAACACCGAUCCAGCUAUCGCGAUGGCCCGGAAGUGCGGGUCGAGGAAGACCCGAUUGAAGCAUACAGCGAACAGGCAAUGCAACAGCAGACGUCCUCCCAUCAGCGCACGAGAUCCAGUGUCCAGCGUAACCAGCCUAUUCCGAUUGCAGAGGUCGAAGAGAACGAUCAAGGGUGGAAUACUACUACUGAUUCUCCCUUGGCCUUUGAAAUUAUCGCCCCCAGACCCACGCAUCAACGACAGCAAUCUCACUCUCGCCGCGCCCCGGAACUUCGCAAGAUACGAUUCAAAGUGCAUGCGGAAGAUAUGCGAUAUGUGAUGACCACACCGACCGUGACAUUUAAUCAAUUGUGCGAGCAGAUUCAGAAGAAAUUCGGGUUUCAGGACCCCUUCAAACUCAAGAUCAAGGACGAGGAGGGUGAUCUCGUCACCAUGGCGGACUCGGAUGAUCUCGACAUGGCCAUCAGUAUAUGCAGAGCUGCUGCAGCUCAGGACAUGGCCGACAUGGGGAAAAUGGAGGUCUUUGUUCAGCAGACGUAAAAGACAAUGUAAUAAUGAGAUAUAUACCCACACCAUCCACUUCAGUUCUUGAUAGUUUCAUUGCCAAGUAGUAAUGUACCUUAUUCGCGCAUCAUCAUCCAUAUAUGUCAUCUUGUAUAGCACUCAAGGUAGACAGAAAGUACAUCUACUUAGUAUAUAUAUUACAUCCCAAUUACUUUCAAC